UUCAAUUUCAACUUCCUUUCAUACAACUAACUUUGAUGCUUACCAACAACCUUCACCUCCCCACGACUCCACGUCUACACCUCCCAACGAACCGAUACGACACGAUACAGACGCUUACGACUCCUCUGAGCAUAAUUCUAUGUCUCAUCAUCUAAUUCAGUCUUGCUGCCAUAGCGCAUUUGCUUAGCUUUCUCUACUUGCUAAUCGCCACACUUUUUAUCUGCUUCGCCCUGGGCGGCCAUUCACUGUAUAAGUGUUCACUGCCUCGGGUGAUAUUCAGGAGGCUUUAUGCCGUGAAUACGAUAAGAGAGAACACACUAUACCUCGCAUUCUAAGUCUUACACCACCUACCCAACAUGGCUGAAAACAGUGACCCUCUCGAGAUGUUUGAGGCGGGAGGGGAUGAAGAUUUUGAACAUUUUUUCGAAAGCGCUUACAGACCACGGCCAAAUUCUGGAGAUCAACUAUUUCUUCCACAUCCCAAUGCACCUGCUGCAUAUCACAAUACACGCCACACUCGCCGCUCACGAGCUGUUCGAAAUUCAGCACUACACCAACAGCCGCCGCAAGAAGCUACCCCUGUGAUCGACCUCACGGAAGAGCCUGAUUCUCCUGUACAAUCGCGAGCUAGACUCGACAUCCUUCAGCCCGCGAGACCACCUGCAAGGAACCCGCGUAGAACGAAUUCUCAGCGCAUAUCACCGCCUCAGCUAGCACGCACCGAUGGUACUUUCGUGGGACGUGCAGAGAAUGUUAUUGACUUGACUGCGGAUUCACCUGAAGAAGAUCGAUCACAUUUCAGAGGGAGACGCGAAGUGCCUAGGCCGGACGAGCUGAUCGAGCUGGAAAUAAUAAGCCAGCGACCAGCUCUGGGAUCUCUACCAAACUUUGCUGCCUUUGGCCCCUUCAGGAGAUUGGCUGGUAUCUUUGGUGCAGCAGACAUAGCUUUCAACCCACCAAACCUUGACAUUUCACGCAACGCAUUCGCAAGACAGCCGACCCCAAAGCCACAGAUGUCCCCGCCGCCCCCAACGCGAGAAGGGUUCACUCGCAAUACCUGCACCGACCCGGAGAAGGAGUCUGAAAGCGUGGUUAUCUGCCCAGCCUGUAAUGAGGAGCUGGCUUAUGACCCAAGCGGCACAGUGACACAGAGCUCUGUGGGUACGCAGAAGGGAAAGCGAAAGCGAGCACCGGGAGAACACCACUUCUGGGCCGUCAAGAAGUGCGGACACGUCUACUGUGCCGAUUGUUAUGAAAACAGAAAGCCUACGAAGGCGAACCGCGAUGGCGUAGGCUUCCGAUCCCCUGAUGGGCGACCUUCGUCCGCGACUCCAAAUGAUCUCCGAUGCGCAGUGGACGGUUGUGAUACCAAGGUAUCACAAAAGUCGGAGUGGGUUGGAAUCUUCCUUUGAUUUGCUGGCCCAAGAACCUCACUUGUGGUCGGUCGUGGGAGUUAGGGGCAACGAAGUCACGAAUGACGAUAAGGAUACUGCGAGCAUAGCAUUGGCGUUAAGGAUUGUAUCUUAUCAGACACUUUUCCCCCUGAAGUCUGCAGGGCUUUUUUUUACAGUAUAGCGGUGAUAUAUGUGAUUUCAUGGGGAGGAUCAGGGGUUGAAAGUAAGGAUAGCUUGGUCCAAGAGCAUCACUAAUCCUUAGACUAAGGUAAACUUCUCAAAUAAAACAGGAUAAUAUUCUAAACGCCGUCGCUAUGUCGUGAGAAAUAUGCAUAAUUUGCCACCCAGCACCCAUACAAAAGGGUGAUAUGAUGCCCUUAACUCCGAGCCAUCGUGCGAUCCCAUGCCAUGCUGUAAUUCCUCUCAGUGUUGUGUAAUUCGGCCAUUUCGGUAGUCGUCAUCCAAUGUACAUGUUUAUCGUUAUAUCAUGAGGUCUAGGUCCAAAUCGUCGACCCAUUCGCCGCCAUAUGACUCUUGCGAAGCACUAGGUGCAAAAGGCUGUUGUGGCGGCUUCUGGUUCUCUUUGCUUUCUUGCUGAAGUGGUGGUAGGUGUUGUUUUGGAGUCUCUACUCGUUUUGGUGGAAUCCGAGGGUUCAUAAUGUUGGGGUUGUUGGAUAGUCUAGGUAAGGGUUUCUCAAGAGGUUGUUUAGAUUGUUGAGGCUCAGUUCGCUUUGCGGAAGUUGUCGUACUAGUGUGUGGUGUUUUCUGUAGUGUUGGUGAUGUCUUAAACGGAGGUUUUCGUGGCUGAUUGCAUUGAGCUGCAUGUGGAGGAGGGUUGGAAAACACUGGUGGUUUUCUCAUAGGUUCACGCGGUUUGCAAAUUCUGCGAGACUCUGCUUGAGCUUGCUCUAUCAUACCAGCCUGCAUGCGAGCGAGCUCGCGUUGCUGGAUCUUCUCAAGCGCAGCUGUACGACGACUUCUCUGAAUAGCUAGACACAUUCUUUCGUGUGAGCCGGAAGAAGUGAAAAAACGUCUUGGUGGUGGAGGUGGCGAGUCCGAGGCAGGUUCAAGUGCUGGUAAGGGGGGCUGUUCUGAGGAUUUCUCCAGUCCUUCAUCGAAAGAUUCCUCUUCCUCUUCUUCUGCAAUAGGGGUCAAGUGUAAGGGAGCAGAUGGCAUUAUGCCCUCAUCCAGCUCUUCCUCAAGUUCUCGGACUUGUUGAGAUGAUGAAGGGAAGAAAUCAUCCAGGUUGUAGAGAAUCGCUUGCGUGCUCAUGGGUGGUUCUUGGUGUGGUGGACUUGGGGAUCGUGAUUCCAGAUUGCGUUGUGGAAGAGGCGGUUUGGCAGAAGAGACUGGAGAAGCAGGUCGCUUUAAGCCCAAAUCUUCUGCAUAGCGAUUUGAGAUGUCAUUCCUAGUGACUUCCAGUGGUUUCUUCGUCGUGACAAGUGCUUCUUCUGGUAUUUGGUUGCAGAUCUUUUGGACUCCGUGAUUCAUAUUGGAUUUUGGAUUGCCCAUAGCUGCUUCAAUAUCCUCAAGAAUUCCCAGGGCCAGAUCUUCCUCGAAAUCCGCAUCUAAUUCGUCCUCUAAUCCUUCUAGCUCUAUUUCGGGCAUUGGUGGUUUUUCUAGUGCCGUUUCCGAUGCAACAAGGGCUGUUGUUUGUUCUGUAGGUUCUGCGAUUGUCUCUUUUUCCGCCUCAGGUGAUUGAGGCUUUGAUGAUUCCCGUAGCGGUUUUGGUAGGUCCUCGACAAUGGCUUCCACAGCAGCAUCAGAAAUUUCUUCAUCGUCUUCCUGUAUGUCAUCAAGCUUCUGCGCCUUGGUCGCCGGUUGUUGUGGUUGUUCUUCGCUUGUUAUCGCUUCAUUCGUGUCCGUAUUACUCUCAUUCGACGUCGCAUUGUCGUCUUGAAUGUCGUUGCCUUGGGCAUCUCUCUUCUUUGAAGUACCAUUCCCUCUCACAAACCAUGAAAUUGUUUCCUGACUGGGUCGAACAUUCACCAAAGGCAAUCCUUUCUUUCGUUUCGCUUCUUUCUCCGCCAACUCUUUCUCUUUCUUCUUGUCCCUCGCAACCUUCGCCUUGGCAGCAGCCUUCUCCCGUUCGAACUCCUUUCUGAUUCUUUCCUGUUCGGCCCUCUCUUGUCUCCGUGACUCCUCCCGUGUGAGUUUAGGACCCUUGUUGGCUGCUUUGUAGGCGUUCCGGACUUGUUUCGAGGUCAUGGGCCGUAAGGGCGGUUUGUCGGGAGAAUCAGCACGACCCGGGAAUUUCGGGAUGACCGUGAACGUUCGCUGGCCCAUGUUGAACUUGAAGACGACAUUUGGCCAGCUUGCACGACAGGCGGAUGUGGUGUGAUGAGGUUGGUGGUGAUGAUUGAGUUUGGAGUGGCAUGGAACGCGUGGGACUGACGCGAGGUGGAAACGAGAUCACGUGGGUCCAUGAACAAUAACAGUAUGACAAACACCAAUUCUUGUAAGACAGCAAGAUCCGUUUGAUUAUGGAUAAUGGACUUCUCAGACUCUUGAACUUUAGCGAUUCUAUUGAAGUCCCUUUUAU